GCCUGGCCAGAGGCGGUGCCUCGCAGACCCGCUAGCUUAUAAGGAGCUGUCCGCCAGCCCGGUGCUGAUUCCAGCUCUGGAUUUGGACACAGUGGAUCUGGCUCUCUCUGCUUAGCUCCGGAAACUAUUGCAACUGGGCUUGGAUUUGCACAUUUAAGGAGGCGGGGGUGGGGUGGGCGAGAGGAGGAAGAAGCGGACGAGGAAGACGAGAGAACAGCCGGAGACUGUUGAGGGGACUGUCGCUCCAGUCAAAGCUCCAGAAAAGACCUCCGUAGAGCUCUUGAGCCCCAGGAUGGAGUGAAAGAGAAUCUCUCUCCAAAAGGGGUGGGAGGGGGCCAGGUAGGGCAAAGGAGAAAAGAGAGAGAGAGAGAGAGAAAAAAAAAAAAAAAAAAGCAAGAGAGCGGCACAGGAGAAGCCGCGCCUGGUAGCUCCGAAUUUGGGCUCCGUUUUGGGACCGCUGACCCGGGGGAAAUGGAUUCUGUACCAAGGCUGACCAGCGUUUUGACUUUGCUGUUUUCCUGCUUAUGGCAUUUAGGACUAGCAGCGACAAAUUAUAACUGUGAUGACCCACUGUCAUCCCUGCUCUCUCCAAUGGCUUUUUCCAGUUCAUCAGAUCUCCCUGGUAGUCAUGCUGCAGCUCAACUCAACCGAAGAAUCGGAACUGGUGGUUGGUCCCCAGCAGAUUCCAACACUCAGCAGUGGCUCCAGAUGGAUCUGGGAAACAGAGUGGAGAUUACAGCAGUGGCCACGCAGGGAAGAUACGGAAGCUCAGACUGGGUAACGAGUUAUAGCCUAAUGUUCAGUGACACAGGACGCAACUGGAAACAGUACAAACAAGAAGACAACAUCUGGAAGUUUGCAGGAAAUAUGAAUGCUGACAGUGUGAUGCACCACAAGUUACUGCACUCAGUAAGAGCACGGUUCAUUCGAUUUGUUCCCCUGGAGUGGAAUCCAAGUGGAAAGAUUGGCAUGAGGAUUGAGGCCUACGGAUGCUCCUAUAAAUCAGAUGUUGCUGACUUUGAUGGAAGAAGCUCCCUUCUGUACAGGUUCAAUCAGAAGCUGAUGAGUACUCUCAAAGAUGUCAUUUCUCUGAGGUUUAAGAGCAUGCAGGGAGAUGGAGUCCUAUUCCAUGGAGAAGGACAACGUGGAGACCACAUCACCCUGGAACUCCAAAAGGGGAGGCUUGCCUUACACCUCAACUUGGAUGACAGCAAACCUCGGUUCAGCAGCAGCUUACCUUCAGCCACUCUAGGCAGCCUCCUGGAUGACCAGCACUGGCACUCAGUGCUUAUCGAGCGAGUGGGCAAGCAGGUAAAUUUCACUGUGGACAAGUACACGCAGCACUUCCGGACCAAGGGAGAGACAGAUGCCUUAGACAUUGACUAUGAGCUAAGCUUUGGAGGUAUUCCAGUACCAGGCAAACCUGGGACAUUUUUAAAGAAAAACUUCCAUGGAUGUAUUGAAAACCUUUACUACAAUGGAGUAAACAUAAUUGACCUAGCUAAAAGAAGAAAGCAUCAGAUCUACACUGUGGGUAAUGUCACUUUUUCCUGCUCUGAACCACAAAUUGUUCCCAUCACAUUUAUCAACUCCAGCAGCAGUUAUUUGCUGCUGCCUGGCACCCCCCAAAUUGAUGGGCUCUCAGUGAGUUUCCAGUUUCGAACAUGGAACAAGGAUGGUCUGCUACUGUCCACAGAGCUUUCUGAGGGCUCAGGGACACUGCUGCUCAGCCUGGAGGGAGGAGCCCUGAGACUUGAGAUUCAGAAGGUUACAGAACGUGCAGCUGAAAUUCUCACAGGCAGCAGCUUGAAUGAUGGCUUGUGGCAUUCAGUUAGCAUCAAUGCCAGAAGGAACCGCAUCACUCUCACUCUGGAUAACGACGCAGCCUCUCCGACUCAGGACACCACCCGAGUACAAAUUUUUUCUGGAAAUCGCUACUACUUUGGAGGGUGCCCUGACAAUUUCAACGAUUCCCAAUGUUUCAAUCCUAUUAACGCUUUCCAAGGCUGCAUGAGACUCAUCUUUAUUGAUAACCAGCCCAAGGACCUCAUUUCAGUUCAGCAAGGUUCCCUGGGGAACUUUAGUGAUCUACACAUUGAUCUGUGUAGCAUCAAAGACAGGUGUUUGCCAAACUACUGUGAACAUGGGGGGAGCUGUUCUCAGUCCUGGACUACCUUCUACUGCAAUUGCAAUGACACAGGCUACAUGGGUGUCACCUGCCAUAACUCCCUCUACGAGCAGUCCUGUGAGGUGUACAGACACCAAGGGAAUGCAGCUGGUUUCUUCUACAUUGACUCUGAUGGCAGUGGGCCACGGGCACCUCUUCAAGUGUAUUGCAAUAUCACAGAGGACAAGAUUUGGACAUCCAUACAGCACAACCACACAGAGCUGACUCGUGUGAGGGGUGCCCACCCUGACAAGCCCUACAUUAUGGCCAUAGACUACGGUGGGAGUAUGGAACAACUGGAGGCUGUCAUUGAAGACUCUGAACACUGUGAACAGGAGGUGGCCUACCACUGUAGAAGGUCUCGUCUACUCAACACUCCAGAUGGAACACCAUUUACUUGGUGGAUUGGACGGUCUAACGAAAGGCAUCCUUACUGGGGAGGUGCCCCUCCUGGAGUUCAGCAGUGUGAAUGUGGCCUGGAUGAGAGCUGCCUGGACAUUCGACACUUUUGCAACUGUGAUGCUGACAAAGAUGAAUGGACAAAUGAUACUGGUUUUCUUUCCUUCAAAGACCACUUGCCUGUCACUCAGAUAGUUAUCACGGAUACCAACAGAUCAAACUCAGAAGCUGCUUGGAGAAUCGGUCCCUUGCGUUGCUAUGGUGACAGGCACUUCUGGAAUGCAGCCUCCUUUUAUACAGAAGCCUCUUACCUGCACUUUCCUACCCUCCAUGCGGAAUUCAGUGCAGACAUUUCCUUCUUUUUUAAAACUACGGCUUUAUCUGGAGUUUUCCUAGAAAACCUUGGCAUUAAAGACUUCAUCCGGCUUGAAAUAAGCUCUCCUUCUGAGAUCACGUUUGCCAUUGAUGUUGGGAAUGGCCCCAUAGAGCUCAUAGUCCAAUCUCCCUCUCCUCUGAAUGACAACCAAUGGCAUUAUAUCUGGGCUGAAAGGAACCUGAAGGAGACCACACUCCAGGUGGACAGCCUUCCAAAGAUGACCAGGGAGACCUCGGAAGAGGGUCAUUUCCGCUUGCAGUUGAAUAGCCAGUUGUUCAUAGGGGGGACAUCAUCAAGGCAGAAAGGCUUCCUGGGAUGUAUUCGCUCCUUACACUUGAAUGGACAAAAACUGGACCUGGAGGAGAGGGCAAAGGUCACAAACGGAGUCAGGCCAGGAUGCCCAGGGCAUUGCAGCAGCUAUGGCAGCACUUGCCAAAAUGGUGGGAAGUGUGUGGAGAAGCAUAGUGGAUAUUUCUGUGAUUGCACCAAUUCAGCGUAUGAAGGGCCAUUUUGCAGAAAAGAGGUAUCUGCUGUUUUUGAAAUUGGCACUUCAGUUACUUAUAUGUUUCAAGAACCCUACCCAGUGACCAAGGAUAUAAGCCUCUCAUCCUCAGCGAUUUAUAUAGACACAGCACCAUCCAAGGAAAAUAUUGCAUUUAGCUUUGUGACAUCCAAGGCUCCCAGUCUCUUGCUCUACAUCAAUUCUUCCCAGGACUUUCUGGCCGUCCUACUCUGCAGGAAUGGAAGCUUACAAGUUCGCUAUCAAAUAAACAGGGAAGAAGUUCAUGUAUUCACCAUCGAUGUAGAGAACUUUGCCAACAGACAGAUGCACAACUUGAAGAUGAGUCGAGAAGGAAGAGAGUUUACAAUUCAGAUGGAUCAACGACCAGAACUCACUUACACCUUCUCCCCAGAAGUCGAGUUCAGGGCUGCAAGGUCACUCACCUUGGGCAAAAUCACAGAGACUCCUGGAUUGGAUUCAGAAGUUGCUAAAGCCAAUGUGCAGGGUUUCAUUGGAUGCUUGUCUUCAGUACAGUACAACCACAUUGCCCCACUGAAGGCGGCCCUCCGCCAUACCACCAGUGCACCUGUGACUAUCCAGGGAACCCUGAGAGAAUCCACCUGUGGCUCUGUGAUGGACUCAGAUGUGAGCGCAGUCACUACAGUGCAUUCGUCAUCAGAUCCCUUUGGGAAGACAGAUGAGCGGGAACCUCUCACCAAUGCAGUUAGAAGUGAUUCUGCAGUUAUUGGAGGAGUCAUAGCAGUGGUGAUAUUCAUCAUCUUCUCUAUUAUUGGCAUCAUGACCCGCUUCCUUUACCAGCAUAAGCAGUCUCUUCGCACUAACCAGAUGAAGGAGAAAGAAUACCCAGAGAAUUUGGACAGUUCCUUCAGAAAUGACAUCGAUUUGCAAAACACAGUGAGCGAGUGUAAACGGGAAUAUUUUAUCUGAACAGGGUCACCUUAUAUUCUGAAUUCAGUUGUUAAAUUUUUCUUCUCUUCUUUAUCUCUUGUCUCGAGUAUCGGUUAUUCCCUUUCUCUUGGUUUAUUUGUCAUUGUUUUGGGAGUGUAUCUGCAUCUGCUUAGCAUCUAUCCAUUUGACCCAGACCAGAAAGCCAGGCAGCCAUAGCCACAGCCCUCCACUACAACAUACCUAACAUAAAGCUGAUAAUCAUCCCUCAAGGGAUUUUACAGUGCUAGAAAAAGAAGGGAAAUGUCUUCAUACAUAUGUGUAUAUGAAAUCAGGUGUUUCCAGUUCUAGAAAUACACUUUUGAGUUUCUCAGCAAUUUAGGCUCACUUGGAACCUUAGCUCUGUGGUUUAAGCAUGACCGAAACCAUCCUGAUACUCCACUCCUAUCAGGGGAUGCAGGGUAGAGAGAAAUGAUGAUGCUAUGGGCCUGUUGUUUCUUUUUUCUUUUCUUUUCUUUUCUUUUCUUUUCUUUUCUUUUCUUUUCUUUUCUUUUCUUUUCUUUUGUUUCAUUUUUAAAAGGGUGAUUUCUUUUCUAGUCAUCCAAAGACUAUUGCCCUAAUUCACUACCCCUCCCACUUAUAUUUCAUUAAUAUAAUGAAAUAUAAGACUCAUAUUCUUUGAGUAAUUUCACACAUGGGAUUCCUGAAAGUUGCGCUCCUUCUUACCACUCUCUCCUGGGGCCAACAUUUUAAAGCAAAAUACAGUAGCAUAAACCUAGAAGAAGCAUGAAGAAAAAAAAGUAGUUCAUACUGGAAGGUAAAGAAGGCUGUUAGUAGAUAUUCUAAAACUUCAAAACUCUCUCAUGCAAAUUCAUAAGAAAAGUUAGCUAGGUUAUUGUUGCAACUUAAAGAAAUAUAGUAUCUGGUUCCAUGGAAGAGAGUAAACCUUAUUAGACUCGGGUUAAAAACAAAGAGCAAAUGAAAAACUGCAUGAAAGAAGAGAAUUCUUUCUUUUCACCUACUCACUAAGGAUCUGAUGGGGAAAGAUAUUUCAGAUCUCAUCUUCAGAGUACUGAUUCACAGUUGUCUGUUGACCCAUUUCCUUAGAGGAGUUGGAUGUACUGGCAUCUGGAGUGUUAACAGUUAGCUCCAGCCACAGUUUAGUUUCAGAGAACACCCUGGGUUCUACAGCACACUGCAUCUUCAGAUAUACUAAAUCCUAUGUAUAUAAGCCACACACAUAGAUUUCCAUAGUCAUAAACUGCCUGGUGAAGUGGUCUUGAAUUUCAGUCAUUGCUCAGUUUUGUAACAAAAUAUGAAAGAAGUGCAGGCUCUUCUGCAACUUCUAUUAGACGUUUGGUAAGAAUCCUGAAAACUUUAGGGUAACAAUAUGGAUCUUUGUCUCUGAAUCAUCUUGGAGGGGGGAAAAAAAGAAGGGGAUUAUAUAAGUGCAGUAUGCUUUAAAUGCCAGUAUAAUGAUCCGAAGUUAUGGGAAGUAACUUGUCUAUUCUCUUUAGACGAAUUCUACUCAGAAAACAAAAGUAAUAACACAUCACUGUUGGCUAGCCUCGACAGUAAACAUUCCGUCUUGUUCCUGGUCUGUCUGUCGCCUCUGAUUAUUUAACUCACUUCUGCAUGCAGUGUCUUAUGAUGAAGAACUCAUUAGAUCCAUCCCAUUACAGAACUUAUUUCAGGCUUUUCCUUCAGUCUCAGAGCACAUGGGAUAAGGAUUUAUUUAAUGUCUUAUUCCUCAACUUCAGAUAUUCUUAUAAGCACUUAUUUUUUGUAGAGUCUAACUUAAUCAUGACAUGAUUUCCACUACAGCUUUUUCACUUCUAAUUUUAAAGUGAUUGUAACAUGAACAUUUUUUCUUUCUCUUUAAUAAGUUGAAUGAUUCAUUAAUAAGAGGAAGUAUGGUUUCUCCUGCCCUAUUAUUUCCUAUUUUCAAUUUCUGGACUUUAUAUUUUCAUAAAAGUCUAUAUAAAUCA